AUGAGAACCCUCUUUUUGCUGACAUUUGUCAUUGGAGUGGCCUACUGCGCUCCGCAAUUGAUGUAUUAUGAGCUAGAGUACAAACCUGUCCUGGCUCCACAGGCUCUUCCUGCGGCUGCCGCUGCACCUAGACCUUCUGAAGUCGAAAUUCUCUUGGCAGCUCAGCAGGCUGCAGCUGGAGAUCCUGCUCAACCUGUCCGUGGCUUCAUUAAGCAUGAGAUUCCCCAGCCCGGAGGCAGAGAAAGCAUUGAAGUUCUGUACCCAUUCGGCUUUCCUCAAGCUGCUCCAGCUGCUCCGCUGCCUGUUCCUGCUGCUCCAGCUGCUCCAGUUGUUCCAGCUGUUCCUGCUAUUCCUGCUGCCCCUGCUGCCCCAGCCCCUGUUCCAAAGGACGAUGAUGAUGAUCAUGAUGACUAA